AAAUCAAGCGAAAUCCGAGUCACUUCAAGUCCUUUUUAGGCUAGGCUAUAAGCAGGAUUCACUGCCACAUGUUAAAAUAAAAUCAAUCAAUAAAACUUUAACAAUAGAAGCAUUAAAUAUACUACACAUUUUAUGUUCAUAUAUUUUAAAUUAAAAGCUGAUAUGUACAUAAGCACAUUAACACCAAUACAAUUCAACGAGUAAUUUGAACUAUAUAAAUACCACCCUUGAAGUAUUUAUUAAAGAAAUGUGAAUUGCUGGUUCGUCAAGAUCGGGUCAAAUUACACAAUAUUUAUUUAUUAUAAGGUCACUUGUAGUAAAACCAAAUUCGAGUUUAACCCAACAAGUAUUAAACUUUUACAUACAUAAGUAGCCAUUCUGAGAAACAUUCAGUUACACAAAACUGCUCCUAACUGUGAAGAUAUUCAAAUUAUGGACAAACUUUCUCUCAACGAGUCUAUCUCGUCUAACCUUCCACUCCAAAUUCCACUCAUCCUGUCCAAGAUAUUCGAUUACUUGUCGCCAUCCUCUGAUUUAAAGAAUGUUCGACUCGUCUCCAAAUUUUGGAACUAUGAAGCUAUUCCCCUCCUUUUGAAGAAAUCCAAGUUAAAACUGGACUUUACAGACUAUUCGAUCUGCAGAAAAAAUUCACGCCUGACUUCCAUUUCAAAAAUCAACUCAUUUAAAAAUUUCUUCCAUCCCAACGUUGAAAUUAAACUGCUUCGGUUUCAUGAUCGCUACAUUCCAAAUCUUGAACGGUUAGAUGAUAUUAUUACUUCCGACGGAGAAUCAAUUUUCGAUGUGGAGGAAGAAAUGAAAUCAAUGUUUGGCCAGGAUGCAAAUCUUCCAUGUAAACCAGCAGCUCCGGAAUUAUUUCCUAUUCAGACCGGAUCAAGAAUCGCUUUCAUUUGGCACGACAUUAAUCUCUUCCUGUGUCCCCAGUACGACAACCAUCUCAAGAAACUAACCUUGUUCGGACCAUUCAAUUAUUCCUCAACAUUCGCCCUCUUCAUGAACGUCUUAAUCAAAGUGUCCACCUCUCAACCCGGGCUGGAGGAACUUGAAAUAAAAAUCAGUCUGGGUUCCGAUUUUAUCCGCAAAUUCCAACCGAGGGGAAACAUAUCAACACCGCCAGACAUGAAGAUGUCAUUCCCUGCCCUGCACACGCUUACGGUGACAAUAAACUACGAAAAGGACACGGAACAAGCGACGUCAACUUUCAUGAGGGAAUGGAUCCCACCAUUUGUUCUUGGGAUGAAAAAUCUGAAAUGCCUCAAUCUGAACGGGGGACAAAGAGUGGAUCAGUUAUUUAUGGAAGAGGUGAAAAAUGAAUGGCUCAAUUUAUCCAAGUUGGACUCGCUCACUCUUCACCAUCCAUCGCUUCCUUGCUACUGCCUCGUCCUCUCAAUGCCGUUGGGGUUUAAAUUGAGGAAAUUAGAACUCCACACCAAUACCUCGAUCGAGCAGGAGAUCGUGUUAAACAAUGGGAUUGAUGAACUAUUAAAGAAACACUUGACACGGUUGGAAGUUCUCGUGUUGAGAUUGCAUCGACCCAAGAAACACGCCCGGAUAAGACUUCCACCUCUUCCACGCUUGAAAAAGCUGAGCAUUGGUCUCGUCGGGGAGUACAUGGCUUAUCGGAGGGGAAGCAUUGGCAAUUUAGUGGCCGUGUCGAGAAUUGGGAUUGGAGGAGGCCUAGCCGAUCAACAGAACCGGGAACCAAUGCCCACUUUCACUUUCGUAUUUCACAGCGAGAAUGGGAUUGAAAAUGGAAUUAAUUACGAGACCCACUUUCCCUCAUUGGUAUCGCUAACGGUCUGGACUCAAAAUUUACGUGGGGGAAAAGAAGUGCAAGAUUGGGAGGAAGACAAGUGGUUCUUUCAGUCUUUUGUACCGUUGGACACACCAGGAGCGUUGCAGGGAAGGGAAACCGUGUGUAAAUCGCUAAGAUAUUUGCACAUCCCCCAUAUUAAGGGAGAAAAAGUGGGGAAGAUGUUUCCGAAUGUGCAUGAGCCUUGGUUAAAUGAAGCUAGGAAGGAGUCGAAAUGAAUAUACUAUGAAUUAGUCGGUAAUAGUGAAAGCAGUAUUAAAACAAUUGUUGUGUUUAUUCUAGUACUUUGUGUCAUCUUGCAUAUGAUGUGGGAUUUUUAUACAAAGAUUUUUUAGACGUCUUUUUACAAGAUGAAAAAGUAUUUGAGAAAUAGAAAUUGUGAUAUUCACAAGACUUUAGCUUGCUAAUAAUGGUUUUGAUCAACUCUAGUCUGACUGAAAGUGAUUAGAUAAAGCAUGUGCAUAAGUGUAUUUAAGAAGUCAUAUGUAGAUACUUGUAAAAUCCGAGUAUGAUAUUUGUAUUACUAUUAAUAAAGUCAUCAAAUGCUACCAGA